CCGUGAAAAACUGAAAGUCCCCCACUUCUUCGACUGUUGGCAUGUUGUGAAGGGCCUUUGCAAGAAUAUGGAGAAAAAGGCAAAGAAGAAGACACUAGCACCAAUAAGGGAUUGGAUUAAAAGCAUAAAAUAUCAUUUGUAUUGGUGCGUGAUGUCAUCCCCGCAAGGAGAUGGUGCAGCGAUCAAGAAGAAAUGGUUGUCCUGUGUUGAGCACAUCCAGGACAAACAUGACAACUGUCUACAUGGUGACCUUGGACAACAGAGGAAAUGGUUAAACGAAGGAACCCAAGCAAGUGAUGAUCUGGUGGCUAUGCUGACCAAGACUCUACUCGUCAAUGACAUCAGCAAGAUGUCUGCAAUAGGGCAGACGAGUGGAGUUGAAUCAUACCACAGCGUACUCAAUCACUUUGCCCCCAAAAUGAUAAAGUUCUCGUACAGUGGAAUGAACAGCAGGAUUUGUCUAGCUGCUCUCCACUAUAAUGAAAAUGCGGGACGCCCACAAGCAGCAACCAUGGCCGGGGAAGGCCGAUAUAGGAUCGACUUUCCUAAGUAUAAAACUGGAGGAUAUGUUGUCAAGAAAAUCUUGGUAGGAGCAACAUACGGUAAGACAAACCAUUUGCAUACCAUGUCACAAUCCGGGUCUUACCAUUUCACAACCAUUAUGGUCUCCCUACAUUUGUCAAAUAACUGA